UAUUUUUUUAACUUUUAGGCCGUGGUUGGGGCUUUGGGGUUCAGCAAGUCGCAACCGCCAUAGAAGACUCGAUUGCCUAUCUGCCUCUCUUAUCCAGAGCUCGUAAAUCGUAAUAGACUCUCCCAUACAACUCCCGAUUAUAACACGGUAUGAUGUUAUCGGCGGCGGCACUACCGGCGGUGAAUUCUAUUCUUGAAUCGCCGGCAUCUUCGUUUUCUUCUCACAAACCCUUUCUGCCAAACAAACUCUUCUUUCCCCAACCACCAAUUGCUGCUUCUCAACCAUCCCUUCUCUCAACAAAGCUCUACGUCUCCGCAUCUUCAUCCGCCGCCGUUUCGUUCUCUUCGGCUCCCCUUCAGAAGGAGAAGCUUGGAGUGGUGGUAAAGCCAAUGGAGAAACCUAGAUUAGUUUUGAAGUUCAUAUGGUUGGAGAAGAACAUUGGGAUUUCACUGGACCAAGUGAUACCAGGGCAUGGCACAAUCCCUAUAAGCCCUUACUAUUUUUGGCCUAGGAAAGAUGCCUGGGAGGAGCUAAAGGUGAUGCUGGAGAGUAAGCCUUGGAUAUCCCAGAAACAGAUGGUUAUUCUGCUUAAUCAGGCCACUGAUAUUAUCAAUCUUUGGCAACAGAGUGGUGGCAACUUUGCAUAAUCUUAGCUUCUUUUCUUGUGCGGCUACUAGAUGCUGUUUUGAUGUUUCAGUGAGACAAGGAUGCUUGGUUUUAUCAAAGUUGCAAAAUUUAUUCAGUUUGAGUUUUUAAGACAUCUGAACAGUAUGUUUUGUUAUCAUUUCAAGAAUCUAUGCAACAGUAUCUGGUGUCUGGAGAGAUCCCUUUUAACUGAUUUUGGUUACAUUAUCAUUCUGUAUUUGUGUCGAUGGAUAUGUGGAACUGUUGUAAUGGAAAAAAUGCAGGCAUGACUGAUUAAUAUGGUAAUUGGAGGUUGGGAGUGUAGUUGUUUAUGAUGUUUUAGGAGUUGCAGAUUGGAAGUGAUAUAUUUCCUUCACAUAAUUCAUCUACUGCUUGUUCUUGAUGUUUUCGAUCAAGCGCAGGUCUGAAAACACCAAUUUGUAAAUUGUGAAAUAAA